AUGGCGCAGGCAUGCACGCCACUUUUAAAUCACAUCCAUUCACUGGAAAGGACGGGUGUGGUUACCAGCAGUUCCGCUUCAUCCGUCUCCACUCCUGUUAGUUUUGCUGAUGCUAUCAGUAAUAAACUCCUACGCAUGCGCUCUUGGCUCCGAAGUCAUGCAUUCCCCGACCGGGUGACUCGGGAAGUGGCCAUCCAAUGGCCAGAAAAUGUGGGCGUUGAGCGUAAAACUGGAGUUUACAUGUGGGGAAACGUUGGUGUAGGGAAGACUUUGAUUUUGGAUCUUUUCGAGCUCACCGAAACGCCUGGGUGGACGAAGCGUCGGGCGCAUCUUCACUCCUUUAUGUCCGAUAUUGUCAUUCGACUGCACAGGGCAGAGGUGGCGGCGCGAAGGACCCGGAAGUUCUCUCCAAUCAAUUGCGUUGUGGAAGAUGUGCUGCGUGAGUCACCAAUUCUCUGUCUUGAUGAGUUUCAGACAUUUGAUGUGACGCAUGCAGCACUAUUAGCAGCUUUUUUUUCUCAUGCCCUACCGCGGGGGCUGGUUUUGUUCACGACGAGUAAUCGCCCGCCACAUGAGUUGACUAGCAUCUCAACGGCAUUUGAACGCUUCAUUCCAGUGUUGUGGCGUCAUUGUGAUGUGGUUCACUGCGGCGACAUCAAGGACUACCGGGAGAACGCGUCGCGUAGUCACCACGAUGUUAUAUUUCUUUACCCAAAUACCAAGGAGAACGCGAAGCGGCUCAUUCGAAGGGUGGAACGGGGAUUCACAGGCAAAUGGGCAUGGGAACAAGGUGCGACCAUCUGGCUGUACGGACGAGAACUUGUCGUGCCAGUCCAUUGUGGCGGCGUGGCGCUGUUCGAAUUUUCUCACAUCUGCGGUCUCCUUGGACCCCCCGAUUUCCAGUGCAUAGCCAAAUCUUUUCACACGGUCAUCAUCACGAAUGUCCCACACAUUGCUGGUGUCAGCAGAAACGCCGCGCAGCAGUUUAUUAUUCUUGUGGAUGAGUUGUAUCAGUACAAUGUAAAGCUACUCUUCACGAGCGAGGUGCCAUGGGAGAAAAUUGUUGACACUGGGACAGCUGCAGGUGGCGGUGGCACGGACCUCUGCUACAGUGAAGGUGAAGAUGAGCGCAGCGGUUAUUCGGCCCAUUAUGAGUUUCGCAACGCAGAGGAAGUAUUGAGUUUUCAUCGCAUUGCCAGUCGAUUAAAAGAGAUGGGCUGCCAACACUAUUUGCUGCGGGACCACAGUCAUUUCGUGAUAUCGGACUACAAUAUUGCGUCCUUGUUGGAGUGA